GCCGCUGGCCCGCCAGAGCCUCCGCUUCCUUCCCCUGAAAAUGGCGAGCGGCAUCCAGUUCGCGCACUCACCGCAGGGCCAGGGCGGGUUGCCGAACUAUGAGCAGCUGAAGGAGGAGCACGAUAUGGGGAUGAUCGGGGCUCCCGGGGUGCCGGCCGGGGCCACCGUGAUUCGCAUGCACUCGCAGCAGGUCUAUGCGACGCCGCCCCGCGACCACGUCCUCUGGUCCCUCUGCACCACGUUAUACCUAAACGUUUUCUGCCUGGGGUUUUUGGCCUUGGUUUUUUCCAUUAAGGCCAGAGAUCGCAAAGUGGUUGGGGACUACAAUGGAGCUUCCAGCUACGGUUCUACUGCCAAGUGUUUGAACAUUGUUGCCCUCCUGCUGAACAUCCUGGGUGUUGUUAUUGUCAUCAUCAUCUUUGCAGUACUGAUUAAUGCUAACAAACAACAGCUGCCCUACCCUCACUGAACCAUGCAUCAGCAUAAUUUCCUUUUGAAAAUUGCCCACCUCCUGUCCUUGAUACAAGAGCUUCUGCUCCUACUUCUUGGUGGUUGGCCUUCUCCCUCCACUCCUAAUCCUAAUGUGUUGUUGCCCAAAAAGCAGCCCUUGCUUUGAGAAACUAGUACAGUAUUUGCAAGAAUGGGUCUCUUGCCAUUGCCCAGAUGGAAGUGGUCAAGGGUCCAUUUCAAGAGCUGGAACGUAUAACUGCAUUAUUGAUGUAUGAUUUCAGGCUGCUUUUUAAAUAUUACACAUGGCCUUGUUGCCUCUUCUGCACUCUUGACUUAUUUUUCUACUGGCUAUACCCAGGCAGCUUUUUGUUCAAUUGAAUGUUACUGAUCUGGAAGGACCAUGGUGUAGCCUGGAGGAAGGAAUCACUCUGAAAGGAUGCAAAAGAAUCAGGCGGCAAAGUUCUGCUCCUGACACGUUCCUAGGCUGGCGUGGGGGUUCCUAUAUUUUUCUAUAACUUUUGUAAUAGGAAAUGAUUGUAGAGCUUGGUAUGGUCUGUUCUAAAAUAUUUGUAUAAUUUUUGAAUAAAUUGUAUGGUCUUGA